CUUGUAGUAUGAAAAACGAAAAAUAGCAAUAGGUAGUUUUUACACGACCUGUUGUAGAUGUAGUUUACUCUCAGAAACUCUUUGCAUGUUUGCAGCUUUGUAUAAUUGACUUUGUAAGAAAGAGAUUGACGGACUGAUCACCACUUCGUCAUAUUGACAACUCUACUUUCAAGAUGAGGUUUUUAAAGUCUUCUCAUUCUGUCAUGUUGUUGACACUUGCCGCUCAUCUUCAUGUGGUGAAAGCUGCCGGUGCGCUCAUGAAACAAGGGAGCGGUGGUUUUUUGGAACCACGACGUUCCGAACAGCCAAAGCCGGCAAACGCUGGUGGAGGCGACGAAGCGGGUUCGUCUUCUACUACACCUAUGACUGGCGUGACGGAAGGUGUCGAAGAUAAGCCUACGGGGGCAUCGUCGUCUGAUUCAGCUAUGACUGGCGCAGUCACCACCACGGAACAUCCCACUACAACGGCUCAGACUGGUCAUUCUACGGAGGAACACGCUAAUGCACAAGGUCAUUCCUUGACACCCGUCAAUCUGAUAUGUUCCUUGCCAUCAGGGAAAAGCGUCACUGUCAAAAUUCGAACCUCCGACUCUUCUGAGACUGAAGAAACUAGUUGCUGUUUAGCUUUCACAGAUACGAUUGCAGAUUUAGCCGCUCACGUAUAUAAAAAGCUAACGCAGGUGGACCCAGGUAAUUGCUUGAAAAAAAGUAGAGGGACUAAACGAAAACGUGCUGAAGAUAUCG